AUAUGUGGACAUUUAAAUAUUGAAUUUAGCAUUCCAAAGAAAACGAAAUGUUGUGUGAGUAAAUAUUCGUAGAUUAGAUAGUCUUCUCGGAAAACUUACAUUCUAUAUAAAGUAAUAAAUAUAUGAUAGUACUAUCAGUUUUUCGUGAGCCCGCCCUCAGAAGCCGCCCUGUGCCAGUAACGCCGCCCCGUCCGUAAACAAAUAGCAGGCAGCGCCACCACGCGGCAGAGGCGAGACAGACGCGUACCGUACUGCACUCGCGCCGCGGACUCGAUAGGACCCGGACCCCGCAAUUAACUACCGAGAUUGGCUCACAGCGAGAUUUACUUAUCGAGUGUAAUCGAGAUACUUCUCGAUUUAACGCUGUGUUGUGGUCGCGUGUGAUGUGUUACGGUGAUCAGAAGGAAUAAGAAUUCUCUCAUGGGCUGAGAUGAACUGCGCGUAUUAUCAGCAGCACGGGGGCCCGCACCCGGUCCCCCACCAUGUUAAUAACGGUUACUUCAACGAGGUUAGUAUCGACCCCGUGUCCACGGAUCACAAGGACAUGAAGAUCUUAGAACAUCCGAGCUUACGCGGUACGCCCCUGGCGAUGCUCGCGGCCCAGUGUAACAAAUUGUCAAGUAAAUCUCCGCCUCCGCUAGCAGAUGCUGCCGUGGGAAAAGGUUUUCAUCCCUGGAAGAAAAGUCCUGGUGCACAUUCACCACCAAAUGCUGGAGCUAUUGCUCGCUCACAGGCUCCAUCGUGUGGGCCAUACGCACGACCACCGACAUCUUGCGCUGCCGCGCCAUCCUAUGGAAAUGAUCUGUAUUUUCCGUCCUCAGGAGAUCAACUUCUGGGCAAAAGUGAAUCUAGUGCUAGCCUUGGAUCUAUGUAUUCUAGACACCCCUACGAAUCUUGGCCUUUCAAUGUUGGUGGAGGUGGUGGGAGUAGUGCUUUAAAAGCAGCAGAGAUGAGUGGAGUGGGCGCCGUGGGUGGAACUUGGUGGGAUGUUCACAGUGGUUGGCUAGACGUUGGUGGACAAAUGGCCAACUAUGCUGGACAAGAUUAUUCCCAACUUACACAUUCCCUCUCUGGAGGUGCACAUUUAUUGCCACCCGCGCCACACCUUUUACAAGAUGCCUACAAGUCGGUUUUACCGACACAAGGUUCGUUUGGACUACACGGUCCGGGAUCACCAGCUCCGCCUGCACAAGCGCCCUCGCCGCGAUCGCAACGCCGCUACGCCGGUCGAGCUACUUGUGACUGUCCAAACUGUCAAGAAGCCGAAAGGUUAGGCCCCGCGGGAGCACAUUUGCGAAAGAAAAAUAUACACAGCUGUCACAUACCGGGUUGCGGUAAAGUUUACGGCAAAACCUCACACCUUAAAGCACACCUCCGUUGGCACACCGGCGAACGACCGUUUGUCUGUAACUGGCUGUUCUGCGGGAAAAGGUUUACUCGAUCCGAUGAGUUACAAAGACAUCUCCGCACGCACACCGGCGAAAAGAGGUUCGCAUGUCCGGUGUGCAAUAAGCGGUUUAUGCGUUCAGAUCACCUAGCGAAGCACGUAAAAACUCACAAUGGUGGCAAGAAAGGCAGCUCGGAGUCGUGCUCGGAUUCAGAAGAAAACAGCCAAGGCGAGGGCGGAACGGGCAGUCGGUCCCCUGAGCAUGGACUCGACGUGAAGCCUAGUGCGCUAGUGUGACGGGGGCGCACGGCCCUCGCCGUGCCGCCCUACUCAACGGCGAUCCUGUGAUACUAAUUCGCCGUGAAACAUGAAUACUUGUAAAUACCACAUAUCAUCACAUUGUGUAACGUUAAAAUACUGGACUUGUAAAAUUAAUUUGCGGUGAUAACAUCGCUGUGUACGUAUUUGUUUAGAGACUUUAAGCGCUGUACAGUUUAGAUAUUAGUAAAUAAUUAUCUCAUAUUCUAGAUAGAUAUUGUAAUUUUAGUUUAAGUAGAGUCACUCAUUUAGUUUGGAAUUGCUGUUUAUUUAUUUGUUAAAACAAUAUUUGACAGUGUGAAAAAGCUUGUUUAGUGAGAAAUAUGAAAGUAUAAAUUGUAACUUGAUUGACAGAGGUCUUGAAAGUAAUUAGCACCAAAAUUUACUUAAAUAACUAAUUAUUAUAGAAAUAGAAAAUUAAUAUAAAACACACAGCUUGUAAAAUACUUUUUAGUUUGAACAGCGUUAUAAACUAGUAGUUCUUGUAAAUAUCUAAAUUUUACAGGUUUUCAAUUUGGUAAAGUACUGCAAAAGCCUUUACAACUAUCUUUAUUUCAUUUUUAUUACAAUCAAUACAAUCAUUACCUCAAAAUACUUCACAAAAACCGCUUCUAGUUAUAUCCAUUACAAAUAAAUAAAAAACAGUUUUUUCAUUUUUAAUAACAACUUUUAUUUAAUGAGGUUAUUACGUAAUCAUCCUAUAUUAUCAGAAGAUGCAGGUGCGAAGUUAACCCGUAGCCCGAAGAGGUUUCGGUUAAUCCCGUAGUCUAAUAGAGUUGCUAUCCUUUGCUUUCGCUUUGAAGGGUCAAAGGUGCUCCAAAUGAACAACUAUUUAAAAAAAAAUUUUUAAAGCCGAUCAGUUGUUUAGGCGCCGUUUUAAAAGAUUCCUGUUUUUAAGAGAUUUCCAUUUAAGCGCCCAUGGUUUUAGAACUCUAGUUGUAUGCGACUCACCUCGUAGUUCGAUAUUGACUGGCUUGGAUCAAGUCGCUUGGUAUGUGCUGUACAACUCUAAUAGAACAGUCGCUUGUCAAUAUAAUAGCGGAGUUCAAGAGAGCUCUAUAUUCAAUUACUUGAAAAACAAUGGUGCUAAUUACAGACCAUGUAAAUAUUUUUAUUUGAUAUGGACAAACAGUAUAUGUAUUAUUGAAAUAAUAAUAGUAAAACAAGUCUAAAAAAUUUAAAGAAACGACAUUGAAAGUUUCUAGAACAUUAAAAUAUUUUACACAAAAUAUAAUAACAAUGACAUUCCAAGUUACUCUCAGUUUUUUCAAUAUUUUAAUUAGUAUAUGCCAUAAAAUUCAAUUGGAUAAUCCUGCUGCAUGAAAAUGAUUGUAAUUUUUGUUAUAAAACUAUGUAUGUAUGUUGUAAAAAAUGUACGAAUUUUAAAAGAUGUCUGAAUUGAUUUUAUAAAAAUUGAAAUAUAUUUUUUCCGAGUGGAUAA